AUGCGUGGCUCUCGGUUGGUGCUCUUGUUGCCCCUGGCUGCACUUAGUUGUGCUAUGCCCGAGAAUGAAUGGUCAUCUACGAUAAGAAGGCAGUUACCAAAAGCGUCCACUGGCGUCAAAUCGAUAAAAACCCCAAACAAUGUCACUAUCAGGUAUAAAGAACCAGGAACCGAAGGAAUUUGUGAGACAACACCUGGGGUCAAAUCAUACUCCGGAUAUGUCGAUCUUUCGCCAGAGUCGCAUACUUUCUUUUGGUUUUUCGAGUCACGCCGUGACCCCGAAAAUGAUCCAGUGACUCUGUGGCUGAAUGGUGGCCCUGGAAGCGAUUCCUUGAUUGGGCUUUUUGAAGAGUUGGGUCCGUGUCACAUCACACCAGAGUACGAAUCAAUCAUCAAUCAGUACUCCUGGAACGAGGUCACCAAUCUUCUUUUCUUGUCUCAGCCCCUCGGUGUGGGGUUCUCUUACAGUGAAACCGAGGCCGGGUCCUUGAAUCCAUUUACUGGAGCCGUCGAGAACGCCUCCUUUGCUGGAGUUCAGGGUCGAUACCCAGUUAUUGAUGCCACUAUCAUCGACACGACCGAUAUCGCUGCACGCGCAACCUGGGAGGUGCUUCAGGGCUUCCUCAGUGGCCUGUCGCAGCUAGAUUCCGAAGUCAAGUCCAAGGAGUUCAACCUGUGGACAGAGAGUUACGGAGGACACUAUGGACCAGCGUUCUUCAAUCAUUUCUACGAGCAAAAUUCGAAGAUCGCUAGCGGGGAAGUCAAUGGCGUCCAACUGAAUUUUAACUCCCUCGGGAUUAUCAACGGCAUCAUUGAUGCCGCGAUUCAGGCAGACUACUACGCAGACUUUGCCGUUAAUAAUACAUAUGGAAUCAAAGCUGUAAGUCAAUGACACAGUGUACAACUAUAUGAAGUUCGCCAACACGAUGCCAAAUGGAUGCCAGGAUCAGGUUGCUUCGUGUAAAUUGACCAAUAGGACCUCGCUUUCUGAUUAUGCUAUAUGUACAGAAGCAGCCAAUAUGUGCAGGGACAAUGUCGAAGGGCCUUACUACCAGUUUGGCGGCCGUGGCGUGUAUGAUAUUCGGCACCCCUACAAUGACCCGACCCCGCCGUCCUACUUUGUUGACUACCUCAAGAAAGACUCAGUCAUGGAUGCUAUCGGCGUGGACAUUAACUACACCGAGUCCAGCGGCGAAGUAUAUUAUGCAUUCCAGCAGACCGGCGACUUUGUAUGGCCGAAUUUCAUUGAGGACCUCGAAGAGAUCCUCCAACUCCCCGUACGCGUGUCGUUGAUCUACGGCGAUGCCGACUAUAUCUGUAACUGGUUCGGCGGUCAGGCCAUCUCACUCGCAGUUAACUACCCCCAUGCAGCUCAGUUCCGUGCAGCGGGAUACACACCCAUGACAGUAGAUGGGGUCGAAUACGGUGAGACUCGCGAGUAUGGCAACUUUUCGUUCACCCGCGUAUAUCAGGCUGGGCACGAGGUUCCAUACUAUCAACCGAUCGCAGCGUUGCAGCUGUUCAACCGUACUUUAUUUGGAUGGGAUAUUGCAGCGGGUACAACUCAGAUUUGGCCCGAAUAUAGCACCAACGGGACAUCGCAGGCUACACACACGGAGUCGUUCGUGCCACUGUCCACGGCGUCGAGUACCACCGUCAAUUAG